ACCUCGAAAAGAAGAGAACUUUUCAUCGCUGUGAGAGAGGAGUCAGGCAGUCUCAGGCAAAUAGCAAAACCGUCCGGCCGCAAGCAUUCGGGGUUUAGAGAGAGAGAGAGAGAUAGCGCGGAGCACACAAAUGGAGGGUUGGGACCCGAGCACGAAGUCGACACUGACCCAGAUCCCGCUCCUGGCGACGAAGGCGGGGCCGAGGGACGGAGGCGCGUGGACGCAGAGGCUGAAGGAGGAGUACAAAGCCCUGAUCGCCUACACCCAGAUGAACAAGUCCAACGACAACGACUGGUUCCGCAUCUCCGCCGCCAACCCGGAGGGCACGCGCUGGACCGGCAAGUGCUGGUACGUCCACAACCUCCUCAAGUACGAAUUCGACCUCCAAUUCGACAUCCCCGUCACUUAUCCCGCCACCGCCCCGGAGAUCGAGCUCCCUCAGCUCGAUGGCAAAACCCAGAAGAUGUAUAGAGGAGGGAAGAUAUGCUUGACGGUGCAUUUCAAGCCGCUCUGGGCCAAAAACUGCCCUCGUUUCGGUAUAGCACAUGCCCUUUGUUUGGGACUAGCUCCGUGGCUUGCAGCUGAGGUUCCUAUACUUGUGGAUUCUGGUAUGAUUAAGCACAAGGAUGACACUCCAUCAUCCAAUGAAUCGUAACUCAUUUUGAACUUUUGAGACUGUAAAAGCAUACCUUGAUCAGUGACUAGUCUUGCUCAAAGAAAAUAAGUAACUGUUUACUUACUCAUCGAUCUGGAUUACAUAAAGCCAUGGAUGAGUGCUGACAUUGUUUGUUCUGACAAUAUACUUGUGCUUAGCUUCUCUUUAGUGAGAUAAAGUUCCUUAUAUAACCAUGAGAAUAGUUAUUUCUUUUCCGUGACAAUUCAAGUAUUGCUGAUGAUAGCCC